AUGUCCGACGAAAUUCCAAUUAAAAGAAAACGAACAAGCUCUAACGACAGCACAGGAAGUCAUUCAAACUAUUGCCGCCCUCCACUUACAAGGUCUCACAAAAUAGUUCGAGAUGAUCCGUCAAAACAUCAUUUGCUUCUUAUCCUCACUGGGAGCAUUGCAGUUAUGAAAAUACCAGAGCUCAUCAGUGAACUGUAUCAUAAAAUCGGAAAAGAACGUCUAAUUAUCAAGGUUGUCACAACAGAAAAUGCUGCCAAAUUGUGUCAAAUCCAGAAAUUCGAAUUCGAUGAAGUUGUCUACGAAGAUAGAGAUGAAUGGUCAAUGUGGAGAGAACGAGGAGAUCCUGUUCUUCAUAUCGAGUUACGAAAAUGGGCCGACUCGGCACUCAUUGCUCCCCUCGACGCGAAUUCUCUGGCGAAAAUUGCAAAUGGAUUGUGCGAUAAUCUUGUGACAUCUAUCAUUCGUGCUUGGGAUCUUUCAAAAGUGUGCUACUUUGCACCUGCUAUGAAUACUCAUAUGUGGGAGAAUCCACUCACUUUACAACAUCGAACAGUGCUGAAAUCGCUAUUGAAAUUCAAAGAAAUCUGUCCAAUUCAAAAAGAGUUGAUCUGUGGAGACACUGGAAACGGAGCGAUGGCAUCAAUCGCAACAAUCGUCUCGUUGAUUGCUGCCCAUGUAAGAGAUCAACAGGCAAUUCGGAUCAGGUGCUCAUAA